AUGGCCGAUGGAGAGUACAGCUUUUCCCUGACAACCUUUAGCCCUACGGGGAAGUUAGUUCAGAUUGAAUAUGCCCUGAAUAGGGUCUCCAGCAGUUCCCCCGCCUUAGGCAUCCGAGCCAAGAAUGGUGUCAUAAUCGCAACGGAGAAGAAAAGCCCAAAUGAACUAAUAGAAGAAAACAGUAUAUACAAGAUCCAGCAGAUCAGCGAACACAUAGGAAUUGUCUACGCAGGAAUGCCAGGAGACUUCCGUGUGUUAUUGAAGCGUGCCCGCAAGGAAGCAAUCAGAUACUCUCUACAGUAUGGGAAUGAAAUAUUGGUGAAGGAACUUGUUAAAGAAAUAGCAUCCAUAGUGCAGGAGUUUACCCAAACAGGUGGAGUGAGACCAUUUGGCUUGUCCCUACUGAUCUGUGGUAUAGAUGCCUAUGGAUACCACCUGUAUCAAAUUGAUCCCUCCGGAUGUUACUUUAAUUGGCUAGCUACAUGCAUAGGAAAGGACUACCAGAAUAAUAUUUCCUUUUUGGAGAAAAGGUACAGCGCCGACAUCGAGGUGGAGGACGCCAUACACACAGCCAUCCUCACUCUUAAGGAAAGCUACGAGGGCGUCAUGAACGAGAAGAACAUUGAAAUAGGCGUGGCCUGCAAUGGGAAGCCCUUUAAAAUUCUGACCCCCAACGAGAUUAAGGAUUACCUGAUCGAAAUAGAGUAA